ACGAUGCUGGACGACAGCCCUUAUUCAUCGUCAGAGGGGCUGCUAUUCACAAUGGAGAAAACGAUGAAAUGCUGCCAUUAUGGUGGCCCGAAACCCGAUCUCCCCUUUGGCUCUGGUCUCCUUUUGUCCCAGUAUUUCAUAUCUGACUCAGGCACCAUGAGGGGAAAACAAAAUUCACUCAGUGCUGGAGCAGCGAUGGAUCUGAGGAUCGGCGUUUGGACGCUCAGACAUGGGGAAUAAACAAACCAUCUUCACAGCACAGCAGCUAGACGCCUAUCAGGACUGUACAUAUUUCACAAGGAAAGAAAUUCUCAGACUGUUCUACCGCUAUCGGGAUUUGGCUCCACAGCUCGUUCCUCUCGACUACACCAACCACCCAGAUGUGAAGUUACCAUACGAGCUGAUCGGCAGCAUGCCAGAGCUGAAGGAUAACCCGUUUCGACAGAGGAUUGCUGAGGUUUUUUCCGAGGACGGACAAGGAAACAUGACUCUGAACGACUUCUUGGACAUGUUUUCAGUCCUCAGUGAGAUGGCGCCUAGAGACCUCAAAGCCUACUACGCUUUCAAGAUUUAUGAUUUCAACGACGACGACUUUAUCUGCAAGUCAGAUCUGGAGAAGACCCUGAACAAGUUGACUCGUAACGAGCUGACAGAAGACGAGGUGAGGAUGGUGUGUGAGAAGGUGAUCGACGAGGCGGACCUGGACAACGACGGGCGUCUUUCACUGGAGGAUUUCCAGCACAUGAUUGUCAGAGCUCCAGAUUUCCUCAGCACUUUCCACAUACGGAUUUAAGGAGUUCAAAGAGGUUGAAUCCUAUUCUUGUAAUUGAUGGACUGAAAAUGGCAUUUUUUUAUUUUUGGGGAUUUAGUCCAGAGAUUUUAAACUGCAGAAAUAAAAAAUUGAGUCUAUUAAAAAAAAGGAGACCAGCUAAAUUGAUUUAUUAUAUCUGAAAUAACAGCAGCUUCUUUUGCCAUCCAGCCAAUUAAAACACUGAAAUAAAUUACACAAAUGAA